UACAUACACAGACACAUGUACGUACAUACACACAAACACACACACACACAGACACAUGUACACACACACAUACAUGUACAUACACGCAGACACAUGUACAGAUAUACAGUACACAUGUACAUACACACAGACACGUACACACACCCAUAAAAAGUUGCAGUACUUCGUUGUUCACUCACAGAGCCGGGUACUGGGAGGCAGAGAGCACAGCACACACUCCUUCCUUUGCUAUCACUGCGCUCAGCUAUUGAGCAGUCUGACGGCUCCCAGUGCCAAUGACAGAUCCGGCCUGAGCUCCAAGCCUGCUCAGCAAGACGGCACUGGGGGACACACUCGCCCCCACCCUAAUUUCCACUUGCCAUUGGUGAGCAGGCGAGUGUAAAUUUCAAGCCCUGUUUUAAG